AUGCGUGUUUCUUGCACACCUGUAAACAUUUAUGAUAGGCGUUACGAUUCCGCCCAAGUCAAAUCGGUCGAGUUGUUCUCAUUACACUCGGCGAAACUGGUGAGCACCGUGGCGGCCGUGCUCCUGAUCUUGCAAACUUUCAGUCUGGGCGGAAGCAGUUUUGCGGAAGAGGAGCAUCAGUUUUGGUACUAUUUCAGCACAUCAUUGCUCAUCCUGUCCGGAGGUAUGAUCGGUCUGGGUUGUCCCAGUUGGACAUUGAAACGAUCCGGAUUUCGAGACUUGUUGAUCGUGUUGCUGUUGGAUCGGGUCUUGCUUCGUCGACUUCAUCAGACGGGGUCAAAAUGGAUCCACUUAGAGGACUUGUCAGACUGGUUGAAUCGCCCCGAACACUCCAUCUGGUUAUGGCUAAGCUUAAUCGUGGGUUGGUUCACAUUGCUACUCCAGCGAACCAUGGCAAUAAGGCGCUAUUCCGCGAAUCGGCAUCCCCUCCGGUUCGUUUGCUCGCUUCCCGUGCUAAGUCUGACUCUGAUCACAUUUGGUCAGCUUGCUUAUCGUUGGGCGGUUGCGUCCACGAAAAGCGAAUGGUCUGUGAUCACUGCCCGUCUCGUCUAUAGCUUCCUUGUCAUCGACUGUCUCGUACUGUGGUACUGGCGUCGUAGCAAUCGAUUGACGACCGAAUUACUGGUAUCAAAAUCAUCUUCCUCUCCUGAUUGGACUCAGAACAGUUUUGACGUUCUGCAUCCGAUUGGCACGUUCCCGCUUCUUAUUUGUCUACUCGGACGACCCAGUGUCUCACUUCUAUGGAUCGGAGUGAUUUGGAAAGAAUAUUUUUUGGCGUCGGUUAUGCAACGACUGUGGGAUCGUUCCAAAUGGUCCGAGGCGCAACCAAGUCGGUGGCAUUUGAGUUGCUGUUGGCUACUCUAUUGGAUUCAGGGCUGGACAACGUAUUUUGAACAGGUAAGUUGGUUUUUCAAUUCCUGA